UUAAAGGCUUCAGACGGGAAGGAGCGUUUGAAUUGACGGGGUCCAGACACCGACGACGCCGCCACAAGCUCUAACAUUCAGUCCGGCUGGAAGGAUAAGCAGCCAUGGUUUCCGUCGUCUGCCGAGUCCAGUACCUGGAGGACUCCGACCCGUUCGGCUGCACCAACUUCCCCGAACCUCGGAGACCUCCGUCCGUCACUCUGGAUGAGAACUUGGCGUUGAGCGAACAGAUCGCAGGGAUCCACAAACUGCUGGAGGCUCCUCUCAAGGUAGAAGAAUGUACCCUCCAGUUAUCUCCCAGUGGAAACUACCUGGACCUGGAAUCUUCUCUGGCCGAGCAGAGAGACGACCUGGAGCUCUUCUAUCAAGACGUGGCAAAAGGGAAGAAGCCUAUUCUGAUCUUGCGGACACAGCUGUCUGUGCGUGUUCACUCCAUCCUUGAGAAACUCUACAACUCCCAUGGUCCAGAGCUCCGGCGAGCCCUCUUCUCCCUGAAGCAGCUCUUCCAGGAUGACAAAGACCUGGUCCCCGAGUUUGUGGCUUCAGAGGGUCUGACGUGUUUUAUCAAAGUUGGAGCGGAGGCGGACCACAACUACCAGAACUACAUCCUGAGAGCCCUGAGUCAGAUCAUGUUGUUUGUGGACGGGAUGAAUGGCGUUAUCAACCAUAAUGAGACCGUCCAGUGGCUCUACUCUCUGACUGGCAGCUUGUCCCGGCUGUUGGUGAAGACGGCCCUGAAGCUGCUGAUAGUGUUUGUGGAAUACGUAGAAUCCAACAGUCCUCUGCUGAUCCAGGCUGUGAACAGAGUGGACCAGAGAAGAGGUGUGAAAUCCUGGAGUUAUCUGUUUGAGAUUUUGGAGGAGAAAAAUGGUACAGACACAGAGCUGCUCAUCUUUACCAUGACGCUCAUCAACAAGACUCUGGCAGUGUUACCUGAUCAGGACUCCUUCUACGAUGUGACAGACUGUCUGGAACAGCAUGGCAUGGAACGGAUCAUCCAACAGCAUCUUAACAACAAGGGCACAGAUCCAGAUCUCAGACAGCAGUUCACCAUCUAUGAGAUGGCUCUAAGGUAUGAGGACGGGGAGGUGGACGAUGCCCCUCCAAACACCCGCAAGGAACGCCGCAAGACAGCCGCCAAUGAGUCAGAGGUACGAAGGAGCCAUCGACUGUCUUCUCAGAGCCUCCCCGACGCGCUCCCAUCCUCCCCAUCCUCGUCCCCUGCCUCCUCCUCACGCUCCUCCCCCCUGCCCUGUGAGCUCAGCAGUCCAACCUCCACCCCCUCUGGAUCCCUGAGAGCCUCCCCUCUGCCACCCCCUACAACUACCAAUGGUACUGCCGAACCAGAGCCCAAUACAGCCUCCAGCUCGAGUCGCUCUUUCCUCAUGCACCAGCUAUCUUCCCUGGGGUUGUCAAGGAGGUCCAGACUAUUUUCCAAGACAGGCUCCAUCUCUGAGGCACCCAGUCCAUCUCCCACAGACCCUGUUGGCCCUAAGAAGCCACCACAGCUCAGUCCGGAGCCGCCUACAAAGACCGAGAGCAAAACCACCUUCAACCCGGACGACUGUAACGUUAACCCAGACAAGCCUGUUCUGAGGAGGUUCGAAGACUCGUUCCUGCGGAGCCUGGCUGCCUCUCAGUGGGAGAAGAAGAGGCGAUCGCUCCAUGCUACCAAACACCCGGACCCAGCGUCCUCGUCUGAGGACGUCGCAGUGAUGCACCUGCCCUUGGAGUCCUGCAGUGGCGCUACCCCGACUGAAGGUUCCUCCCAGGCCCACAGUGAUGUCGAGAGCGUCGGUGCUGCAGAAACCCAGGAAGAAACGCAGACCUCCCAGAGUGAUCCAGUCUUCCACUUCUCCAAGCGCUUCACCACCGUGGUUCCGGAGAGCUGCAUGCUGAUCCUACUGGGCCUGGUUCUGGGUGGAGUCGUCCUUCUAGCCAAUAAGAAGCAGCUCUACCAGCUGGAGCCCGUCCUCUUCUUCCUCUUCUUGCUGCCCACCAUCGUGGCUGAUGCCGGCUACUUCAUGCCAGCCAGGCUGUUCUUUGACAACCUGGGCGCCAUCUUGCUGUACGCGGUGGUGGGAACUCUCUGGAACGCCUUCUGCACCGGCUUCUGCCUCUACGGGGUCAAACUGCUGGGGGUCAUAGAUGAGCGGGUGGAGGCGGGGCUUAUGGAGUUCCUGUUGUUCGGCGCGCUGAUCUCAGCCGUGGACCCGGUGGCGGUUCUGGCCGUGUUUGAAGAAGUCCACGUGAAUGAAACACUCUUCAUCAUCGUCUUCGGAGAAUCACUGCUUAACGAUGCGGUGACUGUGGUUUUAUAUAAAGUUUAUAUUUCCUUUGUGGAGGUGGGGCCAGGGAAUGUUCAGACGGCGGAUUAUUUCAAAGGCGUGGUCUCUUUCCUGGUGGUCAGUGUUGGCGGGACGUUGGUGGGUCUGGUCUUUGCCGUUGUUCUGGGCUUCAUCACACGCUUCACGAAGAAAGUGCGGAUCAUCGAGCCGCUCUUCGUCUUCCUGCUGGUUUACCUGGCCUACCUGACCGCUGAACUCUUCUCCCUCUCCGCCAUCCUGUCACUGACAUUCUGUGGAAUUGGGGCAAAUAAAUAUGUGGAAGCCAACAUUUCCCAGAAGUCUCGGACCACAGUGAAGUACACGAUGAAAACCCUGGCCAGUAUCGCUGAGACCAUCAUCUUCAUCUUCCUCGGCAUCUCAGCUGUAGACAAGUCGAAAUGGGCCUGGGACACGGGGCUGGUUUCUUGUACCCUCAUCUUCAUCUUCAUCUUCAGAGCUGCUGGAGUGAUUGGUCAGACAUGGAUCCUAAACCGGUUCCGCCUUGUCCCACUGGACAAAAUCGACCAGGUGGUGAUGUCCUACGGAGGCCUAAGAGGAGCGGUGGCAUUUGCUCUGGUGGUCUUACUGGAUGGAGCGCAAGUCAAAGCCAAGGACUACUUUGUAGCGACCACCAUCGUGGUAGUCUUCUUCACUGUCAUGUUUCAGGGUCUGACCAUUAAGCCACUGGUGAAGUGGCUUAAAGUUCCUCGCGCAACCAACAGGAAGCCAACCAUCAACGAGGAGAUCCAUGAGCGGGCCUUCGACCACAUCCUGACAGCGGUGGAGGACAUCGCGGGACUGCAGGGAUACCACCACUGGAGAGACAAGUGGGAGCAGUUUGAUAAGAAGUACCUCAGCAAGCUGCUGCUGAGGAAGUCCGUUUACCAUAAGAGUGAGUUAUGGGAGGCCUACCAGAAGAUCAACAUCCGAGAUGCCAUCAGCAUCAUAGACCAGGGAGGGAAUGUGUUGACCUCUGCCAGGCUUUCUCUUCCCUCCAUGGCAAGCCGAGCCUCUUUCCCUGAGGUCACCAACGUCACCAACUACCUGCGCGAGAACGGUAGCGGCGUCUGUCUGGACCUUCAGGUGAUUGACAAUGUACCCGGGGCCAAGGUGGAAGAAGAGACGGAGACGCACCAUGUCCUCGCUGGAAACCUCUAUAAGCCAAGGAGAAGGUACCAGUCCCACUACAGCCGUCACUUCAUGAUGGUGGGGGAGAAAGAGCGUCAAGACCGCGAGGUUUUCCAGAGGAACAUGAAGAACCGCAUGGAGACGUUUAAAUCCGUCAGGCACAAACGACACAAGAAGGAGCGCAGCCAGAGGAAGCGCAGAGGGUCGGACGCCAAAGAGCAGGAUGGGAACGAAAAACCGAGACGCAACGUCAGCUGGCAUGAUAAAGAUCCGGUGAUGGUGCCAAUGCAGUCGGAGGAGGAGAAAGGAGAGAACUCAGAACACGAGAGGGACGAGGACGUUGGAAUCACCUUCGUGGCUCGCACAGCAGAAAAAUCUAAAGAGCGUCCAAGAUCAGUUCCUGCUGCUCUGGAGACAUGUCAGAGUCCAUCAGCCUUGGCACCACCCUCCCCCACCUGCGGGGAAAAAAACCUGCCCUGGAAGGGGGUGGGGGGGUCACAGCCUCCCUGUGUAUCUGUGGAGGCCACGAAGAUCAUUCCCAUCGAUCUCCAGCAGGCCUGGAAUCAGAGCAUCUCCUCCUUGGAGAGCAUCUCCUCCCCAGUUGCCUCAAACGAGCCUCUCCACCCCAGGGUGAGCGCUCUGUCCAGGCUGGGAGGACCUCGUCCGGCCUCCUACACACCUCCUAGCAGCAUCGGCUCCGCAGGCAGCACUUCCUCCAUAGGAGCUAGCGUGGCUCAUGGCUCCACCACCUUCCACUUCCCCCGGAAGGAGGAGGAAGAGGAGGAGGGAGGAGGUUUGUCGGAGGAGCAGCAGGCGGCGCAGCCCCUCAUGUCGUCUCUGAGACCCACCGCCCCUCCUCCACCCCCUCCUCCUGGCUCUGCUCCUGGCCUGGGGAGGAGGAAGAACCCCUGUGUAUACCUGAGGAGCCUGGUCACAGCGCCACCUCCUGGCAGCAGUGAGGUACGCAGUAGAGGGCCCACCCAGCUGUAA